AUGAUAUAUGCCCUUGAGUCUGCCCAUUUCGAGUUCGAGCUCACCAAACUCCUUGCGGUAACAUUACCAUUUGCAAGGGCCAUUAAGUGCAUCCAAUCGAUGCAAUCUACUGCUGCAGAUGUAUACCUAUUUUGGCAAGCAGUCACAUCUCAGCUUGAAUAUCUGUUCCAGGAGAAUCGCCUCAAACUCACAGUCAAGACGAUGGUAACAAUUCGAAGGAUCACCAACCGCAGGUUCCAUGAGAUGAUCAAUGAAGCACCCGAGGACAUCUACAUCAUAGCGUACAUCGAGAGGUCAAUAUCUAGUUCUCUUCGUGCCGGCUACUGGCUUCCGCCUGCGCCCGUACCCGCAUUCUCGUCAUCAGGUAUCCCGGAGACCCCAUACUUCCUCGCUUCCUCAUUGAAUGACGCCCGUGAAAAUAUCACUGCGCCAUUGGCAUACAAGUGA